AUGUUGGAGGCCGACAGUUCUUGUUUUAAAUGGAAUCAGGAGAAACGUUAUUUAUGGACCAGCGUUUUGUUCGGAGGGCUUAGCAUGCUGGCAAAGGAAACUGGGAUAACAGUGUUUCCUCUAAACUUGGUGUUUGACAUGUAUCUUUCUUGGCCAAGCAUAAAAGAGGCUAUUUAUGAGGCAAAAUGGAGCAAGGAGACACAACAGUUUACAAGUCGUUCUUUUAAGAUUCUAGCGUCGCUUGGACUAUUAUUGUGUGCGCGGUUGGCGUUAUUGCAAGGUUCUCUCCCUAAAUUUUCGCCUCAGGAUAAUCCAACGGCUUUUCACCCAUCUUUUGCAGUAAGAUUUCUUACAUUCUGCUAUCUAGCGGCAUUUAACUGGUGGCUGCUUCUGUGCCCUGCAACUCUUUCGCAUGAUUGGCAGAUGGGAUCAAUUCCAUUAGUAACUUCAGUCACCGAUUCAAGAAAUUUAGUGACAUUCCUAUUUUUCAUCUGUGCGCUACUAUUGGUAAUAAGAAGUUUAAUGGAUUUUGAAAGCCAGAAACACAGUCCUUUGGUGUUAGGACUACUACUUCUUGUAAUACCGUUUAUUCCUGCUACAAAUUUGUUAGUAACCGUUGGCUUUGUUGUUGCUGAAAGGGUGCUCUACAUACCAAGUCUGGGUUGUAUUCUACUAGUAGUAUAUGGAAUGAAAAUAUUAUGGAAUACAUACCCUCGCAACCGACCAACCCUCAAUGGACUGAUUGCCUUUCUCAUAGUCAUGAGUUCCCUCCGAACGGUUGUUAGAAAUAGGGAUUGGCGUUCUCGGGAAUCGUUACUCAGAUCCGGCCUCUCCAUCCUCCCACACAAUGCGAAAAUGCAUUAUAACUAUGCUAAUUUCUUACGAGAUUCAUCUAGCGUAGAACUAGCUCGGAUGCACUACAAGAGAGCACUGAAGUUGUGGCCAACAUAUGCGAGUGCGUAUAAUAAUUUAGGAACUUUGCUGGCUAACGAAUCAGAAGCAGAAAGUCAUUUCCUUUCUGCCAUACACUAUUCAUCGGAUCACAUUAACGCUCACUACAAUUUGGGUCAACUGUACAGAAAAUUAAAUCGAACAUCUGAGGCAACGUACAUGCUCAAGAGAUGCAUUAAACUCGAUCCUACCUUCACUCUCGCUUACCUCGAGCUCGCUCGGUUAAAAGGAUCGUCUGAUUUGAGCGUAGGGCCGCUUCUGGAACAAGUGGUCUCCGUCAACAGCGACGAUUCUUAUUACAUUCUUCUUUAUGCUCACUGGCUUCUCAGUAAAGGUCGCCGGCAUUCAGCUUUAAUCUUUUACUCGAAGGCUCUAUCGGUAAAUCCCUCUUAUCAGCCGGCUUUGCUGGGGACGUUGAGAGUGCUCAAGAAACUUGGACAAAGCUCUAGACUUUUCCAACUUCAAAACCGUUUUUACUCGUUAAAUCGACAACGUCGUGGAGAAAUCCAAUUACCUCACACAUUUCUCGAGGAUCUUCAAAUUAAAUCUGAACUUAUUGGAAAAGCGAGGCUCUAUGACGGUCAUGUCUCUGACAGCAAGGACAAAAGGAAUGCAACCUCUCCCAAUAUUUCGUCGAAGUAUUCGUCUCUUCUAUCGUCAUAUUGCGAGAAAUCUAAUAAGAAACCAGCAACAACCGGAGAAGUGAAAUCCUUGACCAAACCAAGCAAGUCUAAUUUGACAAUUCAGAAGUCAUCGACGUUUUGCUUGGUAUAACAUUACUUCGACAAAAUCUGACACUAAUUUUUCUUUCAUUUUGGAAGCAUCGAAAUUCCGAUCAGUAUUUUUGAGUUUGAUUUCCUAAUAAAUAAACGUUUGCAAUACGUAACAUGUACACAAUAAGGCAAAGUCUUAACAUUUUCAGUAUGAUUAAGUGAGCAUUUAGUACCUAAAGUCAGUAUUUGUUAAGAGAUUUAAAAAGUUAUACCGUUAUACCAGUAAUAAUUAUUAGAUAUGUAGUCGUACUGACCUUGGGCUGUGAUUAUUAUAUUUAUCAGUAAAAAUUUAGUU